AUGAAGAAACAACUAUCCAGUGACAAUAAUGACAUAAUAUCUCCAGGAGAAGUUGGUGAAGUGGAUAAUGAGAUACUUAAACCUGAGUUGACCAAAGAAGUUGAUAAAGCAUUCGGGUUGGCUAUUGAGACUGAAGGUAUACAACUAGAUCCUGCUAAAGAGAAAAAAUUGGUUAGAAAGAUUGAUUGGUACAUCUUGUCAACAAUGUGUGCAUUAAUGUCUUGUCAACUGAUGGGCAAAUCCUCAAAUUCAUAUGCUUCAAUCAUAGGGCUUCGAGAAGACUUACACAUGACUUCUAAAGAAUAUUCAUGGGUUGGUUCUGGGUUUUAUUUAGGUUAUUUGGUUUUUGAAUACCCGGCGAGUUUAAUCUUGCAAAGAUUCCCAAUGUCCAAAGUUUUAGCAUUUGCUGUGAUUGCAUGGGGUGUUGUCUUGUGUUGUCAUGGUGCUUGUAAAUCAAGUGCAACUUUUUUAUUGUGUCGGACCUUAUUAGGUAUCUUGCAAUCUUUUAUGGAUCCUGCUUAUAUGAUUAUGACUUCCCAGUGGUAUAGAAAAGAGGAACAAUACAUAAGGUGUGCAUAUUGGUUAGGUAUGCAAGGUUUUGGUACUUUAUUAGGAUCUGGGAUAGCUUAUGGGUUUUACACACAUCAAGGAUCCUUCUCAAUGAGACCGUGGAGUUUAUUAUACAUUGUUGUUGGUGUCAUCACCAUCUUUUUCGGACUGAUAUCAUAUACUCAUGUUCCUGAUAUCCCAACUAAAGCUUGGUUUUUAAAUGAAGAAGAAAAAUCUUAUGUUGUGGAAAGAAUUAGACAAAAUAGGACUGGGUUUGGUAAUCCAAAAUUCAAAUGGUCGCAAUUGAAGGAAGCUGUCAUAGAUCCAACCAUUUAUUUGUUUUUCUUGUUCAUGUUUGGUUAUGGUUAUAGUAAUGGUGCAUUGGGUAAUUAUGGCUCUAUAAUAUUGGAAGAGUAUUUGGAUUUCAGUACAGGCCAAUCAUUAUUGAUGAACAUGGUUGGUUCAGGAAUGGAUAUCGUUUUUCCAUUAAUGUUUGCUUAUAUUAACAAAUACUUUAUAAAGAGUCGACUUAUUGUGGCAUUCAUCAUAAAUGCAGUGGUUUGGGCUGGCUUGUUCAUGUUGGCAUAUUCUUCAAACAGAGGUGCAAGAACUUUUGGUUAUUUUAUCACAUAUUGGCAAACUGCAUCUUGGGCCACGUUGUCUUCAAUUGUUCAAACUAAUGUUGCUGGUUAUACAAAGAGAAGUACUGCAAAUACUUUAUUUUUGGUUGGUUUUUCAGUUGGUAAUCUAUUAGGUCCAUUGUCGUACUCUUAUAACAACAAUGAGGACUUGGAUUAUACAGCUGCUGGUGCCAGUAUGAUUGGUACAAAUGCUCUCUCUGUUUUCAGUCCGCCUGUGCUAUUUGUCAUAUAUUAUUUCAGAAAUAAAAAGAAGAUUAACUUAGAGAAAGGUGACCUUGGAGAUGAUAAUCAACUAUCUUUUGGUGAUUUGACAGAUUAUGAGAACCCGGCAUUUAGAUAUGACUUAUAA